CUCAUCCAUUCUCCAGUGCUGUGCCCCUCCCACUGCAGGAGCUACUCCCAUGCAGGACUUGUCUGUCAGGCUGCAGCACCCCUGCACAUGGGGCUGACUGCCUGUGGGAGCGCAGAGCGCCCAGCCUGAUUGCCUCAGCCUGAGGAGCUGCCGUUCGGUGCUAACCUGACUCUCAUACGUACAAGAGCCCAGCCUGCUGAUCUGUAGCAAGAUAUGACAGAGGAGAGCCACUAAUGUCCACAUCUCCAGCUGCCAGGGUGUGGGGCAAAUUCGCCGGUGACUUUGGCCAGCCACAAAACAAGAAAGUCAGCUGUGUGGAAGACAAUGACUCAUACACUUGUGCUGUACUACUUGGUGUUUCUUUUGCCCACAGAGUCCUGUAGGACAUUGUACCAGGCUACCAGCAAAAGCAAGGAGAAGGUACAUGCCAGGCUACAUGGUGUAUGUGAAGGUGUCUGUACAGACAACUCCCAGUGCACUCAACCUUGCCCUCCAGAUACUCAGGGAAAUAUGGGAUUUUCAUGCAGGAAAAAGACAUGGCACAAGCUCACUGACACCUGCCGGACUCUUAACGCCCUCAACAUCUUUGAGGAGGAUUUAUAUUUGGUUCAGCCAUUUGCAGAUAAUGUAAAAAUCAAUGUAUAUCAUGGAAAGCCUGACACCAUAACAGAUAUAUUGCUACAAAAGUGUCCCACGGAUUUGUCUUGUGUAAUUAAAAACAUUCAGCAAUCUCCCCGGAUACCAGGAAACAUUGCCAUAAUUGUGCAGCUCUUACACAACAUAUCAACAGCAAUAUGGACAGGCGUUGAUGAGACAAAGAUGCAGAGUUACAGCACCAUAGCCAACCACAUUCUUAACAGCAAAAGCAUCUCCAACUGGACUUUCAUUCCUGACAGAAACAGCAGCUCUGUCCUGCUACACUCAGUCAACUCCUUUGCCAGAAGGCUGUACAUAGAUAAACAUCCCGUUGACAUAUCAGAUGCCUUCAUUCAUACUAUGGGCAUCACCAUAUCUGGAGAUAACACUGAAAAAAAUUUCACUUUUUCGAUGAGAGUUAAUGAUACCAGCAAUGAAGUCACUGGGAGAGUGCUGAUCAGUAGAGAUGAGCUUCGGAAGGUGACUUCACCUUCUCAGGUCAUCAGCAUUGCAUUUCCAACUAUUGGGGCUAUUUUGGAAGCCAGUCUUUUGGAAAAUGUUACUGUAAAUGGGCUUGUGCUAUCUGUCAUUUUGCCCAAGGAACUUAAAAGAAUCUCACUGAUUUUUGAUAAGAUCAGCAAGUCAGAGGAGAGGAGGACACAGUGUGUUGGCUGGCACUCUGUGGAGAGCAGAUGGGACCAGCAGGCCUGUAAAAUGAUUCAAGAAAACUCCCAGCAAGCUGUUUGCAAAUGUAGGCCAAGCAAGUUGUUUACCUCUUUCUCAAUUCUUAUGUCACCUCAUAUCUUAGAGAGUCCGAUCCUGACUUACAUCACAUAUGUAGGCCUGGGUAUUUCUAUUUGCAGCCUGAUCCUUUGCUUGUCCAUUGAGGUCCUAGUCUGGAGCCAAGUGACGAAGACGGAGAUCACCUAUUUACGCCAUGUGUGCAUUGUUAACAUUGCGGCCACUUUGCUGAUGGCUGAUGUGUGGUUCAUUGUAGCUUCCUUUCUUAGUGGUCCAGUGACGCACCACAAGGGAUGUGUGGCAGCAACAUUUUUUGUUCAUUUCUUUUACCUUUCUGUGUUUUUCUGGAUGCUUGCCAAGGCACUCCUUAUCCUCUACGGAAUCAUGAUUGUUUUCCAUACCUUGCCCAAAUCAGUCCUGGUGGCAUCUCUGUUUUCUCUGGGCUAUGGAUGCCCUUUGGUAAUUGCUGGUAUCACGGUUGCUGCCACUGAGCCUGGCAAAGGCUACCUACGACCUGAGGCCUGCUGGCUCAACUGGGACAUGACCAGAGCCCUCCUGGCCUUCGUGGUCCCAGCUUUGGCCAUCGUGGUAGUAAACCUGAUCACAGUCACACUGGUGAUUGUCAAGACCCAGCGAGCCGCCAUUGGCAAUUCCAUGUUCCAGGAAGUGAGAGCCAUUGUGAGAAUCAGCAAGAACAUUGCCAUCCUCACACCACUUCUGGGACUGACCUGGGGAUUUGGAGUAGCCACCGUCAUCAAUGACAGAACCCUGGCCUUCCACAUUAUUUUCUCCCUGCUCAAUGCAUUCCAGGGCUUCUUCAUCCUAGUGUUUGGAACCAUCCUGGAUCCAAAGAUAAGAGAAGCCUUAAAGGGUCGAGUAGCCUCUGCAAAAUGGAGCUCCAGAAUAUCAGAGAAUGUUUCUUCCGAAUUCUCUUGUCAUCCCACCAAAGGGCCAAGUUAACAAACCAGGCUGCAUCCCUAACCUGGGAGGUUGUAUAUUCCAGGAAUGGCAGAACCCAAAGGAGAAAUGUGCUCAUUCCUGUCCUCUUGCCUUGGGAGAAUAUGUAGGAAGCUCACACACUGUGGUGCUGAUGGAGGAGGGCGUGAUGUGCAGAAAGGAUGAAAGGCUUCUCUGUCUAAGCUGUUCUGGGCUACUAAACAUUUCUCGUCCAUCAACUGUACAUAUCUACAUAUAUGUCAUGCUGGACAGCUGCAGCGAGCAAAAAGACAAAGGAGGCCACAAUUGUGGUUUUUAUUGGGGCCUCCAUCUCUAUGCUGUUGGUUCACAUUUGUCUUCAGAAAGCAAGCUCUGGCUUAUCUUGGCAAAGGCGGCCUGGGAUUUCACCUGGCUGGAUUCUGUGUGUUGCUGAAGGAGGAACCCUCACGAAUACUCACAAAGAGUUGGGCUGACUCUAAGUAGCUCAUUGCUGAUUUUUUUUUUCUCAAAAGGAAUCCACUGCCAGUAUAUUCCACUUUUUCAAAUUUAAAUUGAUUGGAUGGUCAACCUGGUUUGGGCUUAGAUACAACUUCCUUGGCCAUGAACCAAGGGGAAAAGCAUAGAGCUUUUGAGACAGAGAGAUGCCUGUUUUCCGUUAAGGAGAUGGAAGCCUGGAAUUGUGAGUCAACGCUAAUCAAGGACUGAGCCAGACGUAGAAACCCAAGUCUGCUGAUGCCCAGCCAUGGACUUCCUCUUCAAGACCAUGUAGCCACUGAAAGGCCUUCUGCCUACACUGACAACGUAAGCUCAAUCAUCAUGAACAAUAUGCUUUUUUGAUACAUGGAUUUGGGGAGAAGAAAUAUCAUGUUUCCAAUUCAGAGCUCUCAUUUUCUUAAUUUGUAUGUAAACAAACUCAACAUUCAAACUAGGUGUUACCCAAUAGAACAGUACUGCAGGUAGAAGCUCUUUGAGG